AUGGCGGACGUCAAGCUGGAUAAGGAGCCUACUCGGCAUCCAGAUUGCUGUCUCAGCCUAUCGUCGACGCUGUUGGAUGUCCUGACAUCUAUCGUGAGCCAUUGCGCCGCCAGGACCAACGCCGAUCAACUCGUCCUCUCCAUCGGCAGCGGCUCGGGUCUCCUGGAAGCGCUACUGCUGGAGCGGUGGGCGGGGGGCGCAACCAACGGGGUUUCGCAUCUGUUCAUCGAGGGUGUCGAGGUGCAAAAGCCGGGCGGCGACACGCCGUCGCUGCUGAACAAGUACCUGCCCGAGCAGCACCACUCGGCCGUCAAGGGAACGUGGGACCUGUCGCCGCGCGCCGCCGACGCCGUCGUCUUGAUAUUUGUCUACCCUCGGAGCCCGGCCUUGCUCAGGCGGUACCUAGAGGAGGCAACGUGCGAGGAAGCGCUGGGAAGGAACAGGUUCCAGCUCGCCAUCUGGUUGGGGCCAAAGUGCGAUUGGACCGAGUUCGAGGGCUGCUUUGCUGGAUUCUCGGGUUGGAAUUUGCGGGUGAUUCCCGACGAGGAGAGUGGGCUGUUUGGGUAUGAGAUGCUUGCUGUCCUCGAGAGGCAAAUUGUUGCCGUAGCUGGACGGGAGCCUUGA